AUGUCCGCACCAAGCUCAAACCAUUACGGGCAGCCAAGCCCAGAGGAGCGCGCCUUCCGGGAGCGAUUCGCCGCGCUCUCACAAAAAUGUGCCGAACGUGGUAUACAGUGGAAGAAGUUUGACAAGAUAGCGCGAAGAGCGCUGGGACACGUAAACUAUCGGGGAUUGUACAAUGACAAGAUUCCCAACGACAAGAACCUUCCAGGACGACUCGGCGGGUUGCCUUCCGUGAUUCGUUCGGAGAAACUCGUGGACCCACCAAAGAUAGCCGCAAUUGUGCUCGAUUUAUGGGAAGGCCAUCGCCUCUUGGGUAACUUGUUCAUCGCAGUCGCCAAUGCGGUAGCGGACGACUCAGGAUACCACAGCGCGGAACCUGAAGAUCAAGAUCGCGACGCAGACAACUCGGGAUCCCAUCCCCUGGAAGCUAAAGGGCAAGAUCACGAGGCAGACACUUCGGGAUCUCGUUCCUCGGAAGCUGAAAAGCAAGAUCGCAACACAGACGCCUCGAGAUCUCGUUCCCCGGAAGCUGAAGGGCAAGGUCACGACGCAAACAACUCGGGAUUUUGUUCCGAGGAAGCUUAUGUGUCAGAAGCCCAAGUUGAGGCAAUUCGCUCCUUGGUGGCCGCUGCUCGCGGAAUCAUCGACAAGUCUCCGACGUAUCGGAAACGCCACAAGACGACCGAGUCUCUACUUGAGCUAAUUUACCUCGGUUGGCAGGCAAAGGUCGAAGAACGUGCCAGAAAAAGCAGGGCGAGCGCAGUAUGGGCGAGCACAACAUGCCCGAGCAUAUCUGAUGGCGCGAACAGCUGGACAUACCCCGGCACCAAGGAACAUCUGGACGAGCUCGCCAAGGUUGUCGAAGAUGGCACAGCGGGGGGCGCCGCCCAUCAUGCAUACAAAAAGUUGGGAGGGCUCAUCAAUGGUGAAAGAACAUCCACCACGGAAUGA